AUGGUGGCGAGGGUGUGGACUGUGGAGGCCUGGCCCGAUCAUCACCUUCUUCCCCACGGUGGUGAGGCCCUGCCGAGCAAGGACGCGUCGUCCGCACCAGCAGCAGCCGUCCCCUGCGCUGCCGCCACCGCCGCGGGCGGCGCCAGCGCGGUCUCGGAGACGAAGAUCGAGCUUCUUCUCUACCUCCUUCGCCAUGGCUGCGGGCAACGGCGCGGAAGCUGCUGGGGCCGGCUCGGACGCCGGCGUGGAGGCGCUCUGCGGCGCCGGCUGGCGUGGAGGCGCCGGAGUGGAAGACGGAGUAGCCCACGAGUCGGUGACGUCGUCGAGGAUGGUAGCGGUGCCCUGAUAGUGACCGGAACGGACGGAGGCGCAGGCGAGAAGGAGACCCGGAGGACGCUGGCGCAGGUACCCUAUCUUUUGUCUCUGAAACUAAAUGUUGCAGAAUGGCUGGAGGCCGGGAAGAUGCAGUGGGUUAAGCUAGUGAUCAUGACCAAGGCCACCACCCACCAACGAGGUGCUAGAGCACUGGACUUCAACAUCAUCACAGACGCCGAGGUCGUCAAGAAGGGGGCUAUCAAGGAGAAGGGCGACAAGGAGAUCAUGAGGGAGAUUCAGGCCAUCAUGCCCUUGCAUCUUGCAUUCACCCCUGCCCCGAUGAGCCAUAAAGAAAAUAUGAUCUAG